CAUAUGGAACUUUCGAGACUGGGUUCUUUCUGCAGAACAACAUUUAGCUUCUAUUCGAUAGCUAUUCUAUGACGACAUACCGGUGUUCCCAUUUCGCGGAGUCAGCAAAAUUAUGCGAGCGUCAAAUUUAAAUAAGACUCUGGACUUUGUCACCAGGCUUCAUUGCAAUAACUACUCAGUUGUGCUGUCCGCAGGAAGAAAAGGAUCUACUCUUAUAUGCUGAGAAAAUGAAGGAAGUUACAACAACACUGGUGAUUCUAAUCACCGCGAGUUUUGUCGCCGGCAACUGUAUCCUGAAUCAAAUUCAUGCGAUUGGACCGUGUUCCUUUCGCGUCGUUUGUAUAAACACAAUAAAGGACAUCAGACUUGACAGCGAAUGCCAGGGCUCUAGCAACUAUGACGUCAAGGUCGACGUCACUCUUCAGAAUGCAUCCGAAACUUUCCAUAUCGGAGCGGAUGCAGAGCUUCUCGCUAUGAUCACCACGCUCUCUGUCCACGGGAAUUGGCCGAGAACCGAUUUAUCAUUUCUGGAGGGCAUGUACAGACUCAGAAACCUUUACAUCAUCAAUAACAACAUACAACAGAUCGUCACUAACAACAUAGAACAGAUCAGCCCAUUUUGGAAUCUCGUCAGUAUCGAAAUUAUCGAUUUAUCUCACAACCGGAUAUCGAACAUUGGAGAACUUUUCCAAUUUGAAAUUCGACCGUCCAAAAUGCGAUCGAUAUCAUUGGCAUACAAUUCUAUCGUAGAAGUUCCCGGUGAUACAUUCGGCGAGUUGUCUAGCCUCAUUGAACUGGAUCUUUCCCAUAACUCUAUAAUGGAACUGAGGGAAGAACCAUUCUGUAACUUGACCCAUUUAAAAGUCCUUAGAUUAAACAACAACAAAAUCAAAUAUCUUAACGGCGCAUUGAAGAAUUUGUAUAACUUAAGACACCUCUACUUGAAAUCAAAUCAAAUUCAGAAAAUCGACAUGGAAUCGAUAAAUACCAUAAAUCAUUUGGAAACGUUCGACAUAUCUAAAAACCUAAUUGAAAAAAUAGAUCCCACAUUGUUUCCGAGACACUGGGAGCACUUUAGUAAUGGCACGAUUUUUAAGAUCCUGCUUUCAGACAAUUACAUCACGCACGUACCGAAUGUAUCGGUUGACAUUUUUGAGAGAUUCAGAAGAGAUUCCAAGCAAAUGUUUGCUUACACCAAACUUGACUUGUCUAACAAUUCAAUAACUCAUAUCGAAUACAACGCAUUCAGUCUGUUGGAGCUGAUAUCAGUCGAUUUGUCUAAUAACAAAUUGACCGACUUUAUUGUCAAUCCUAAAGAUCUAAUCUACGUGAGGUAUUUGAAUUUAAGCGGCAAUUUCUUGAACAGGUUGUAUUAUGAAAGUUUUUCAUCAAUGCACAGUUUACAUAACUUUGAUUUGUCACAUAACUACAUGGAGUAUUUCCCCGACCAAUCAUUGUCGAAUAUUCAUAAUUUGAAGUACUUGAACUUAACAUUCAACGAUAUCCUCGAACUGCACAGCUUACGAAUUACCUUUCAUCCUGAAGGUGGCUACUUGGAUCUUUCGAAUAAUGGUCUAUCGGCUCUGAUCAUACCUGAAAAUGAAGCCAUAGGCUUAAGGGAGCUUGUGCUCAGUCAUAACAAUAUCUCGGAUGCAUAUCUCAUACGGUUAACUGAUCAACAUGAUUUAAAAAUAUUGGAUAUGAGCCACAAUUAUAUCAUGGAAUUAGAUGAAUCAUCCUUACAGUUACCUGAAAAAUUAGGCGUCUUAGAUUUGAGUUCCAACGACAUUUACAGAAUUGCACCUUCAACUUUCAGUCGCAUGACCAACUUACAAACUUUGAGAUUGUCCCAUAAUCACCUUAAAACCAUUGACCAUGGUGUAUUUCGUGGCCCAACGAGUCUUCUGAACUUAGACCUUUCAUUCAAUCAGAUCGGCCAGUUGGAUUCGAAAGUGUUUAUGGACUUACAGUACUUGAGCUUUUUGUCUCUUCGCCACAAUGGUUUGAAUGUACUGGAUACCGACGCUUGGCUUUCUUCUAAGCAAGAUUUGACAGUGUAUCUGGACGGCAAUCAUUUGUCAUGCCAGUGGCUAGCGAAGGCUUUGACUGAUUUCAACAGAGGUUAUUCAAAGAUGAAUCCUACGGUAUUGGAGACCGUAAUCGUUGGGACGUCAAUACAGGGAAUCCCGUGUGAACAGGAAGUGCAGAAUUAUGAAAAGCCGAAAUACUUGGCCGAUGAGCGGUUACUGAUAACAAGUCAGAAGAUUCUGGAAGCAGUACAGGAACAGACUUCAUUGAUGAAACGAUUCAUGUGGCAUGCGAUCCUUCACGAAGCAGAACAGAGAAACGCCAGGAACGUUUCACGUUUCAGUUUCCGCUGAAAAAGUUAGUUAUUAUCAUUUUUGUAGCUUUUAAGUUAAUUUCCUUUGUCAUUUCAUAUUGUGUAACUUUUUAUUCAUGUAGCUGUAUCCUACAUGUUUUUUUAAACCAGUGACUAAUUAAUUAUUAAACAAAUAUUAUUCAGG